AAUACAACUUCGGACGAGUGACUAGAGUUUUUGGCGACAUAAGAAAAUUCAUGUGAGUUCUGUCAGAUUCAAUCAAUGUUAUUGUCUAUAAUGAGUCAAGGAAAUUUCCCGAUUAAGCCGAAGAACAAACGCCCAAGAAAUAUCUUCGUGUCGCGUGACAGCAAUUGCAACAUGUCACUCGUUAAGGAAAAAUAACGUAAUAUUUUGCUAAAAAUUGAAAAGAUUGCAUCCAUCGUCAUCAUACAUGUCGGAUAUUACAACGGGGAAUUCUCAAAAUCACCAAGCAAAUGUAUUAGAAGAUAAUAAGAUCGUAUCCAAUUUGUGUAAACCAUUAAAACAAAUCAGUAAAACGGUUUCCAACGCAAAUUUUUCCUCAAGAAAAUUGUGGAAUGAUGCUUCCAGAGCGUCCAGAAAUUCUAUUCACCUUGCUACAAAUAAUGUAAUAGAAGAAGAAAGCGAAGUCAUAAGCGUGCUGACGAAACAAUUGUGUCUGGCGGAAUCGCAAAUGCGAAAAAUGCAAUCCAUCAUGGCGAAAGCUGAGGAAGGAUUGCGAAAUAAAGAUCACGAAAUCAUACGCUUAAAGCGGAAGGUAAAAGAUUGGGAGAACAAGCACAAAAGUCAAGAGCUAUUGCGUAAGAAAGAGCAACAAACACAAGCCAACAAUUCCGAGUACUUCUAUCAACGAUGUCUAACGUUGGAACAUAAGAUCUGCGAAAUGGAGAAAUUCUUGGCUGAUUACGAUUUGGUAUGGGUGGGCGAUACGAAAGCCCUGACGAAUGCUGAUAAUAUUAGCAAAAAUUAUAUCAACACCUAUUACGAUCAGCUGAUUGCUAAUAUCGAUCAGUUAAACCUGACUGCGAGAAAGGGCGAAGUUUAUGUUCAUCGUAAUGAGAAAGGAGGAGGAGCGACUUUCAAAACCUCUACCUGCAUGGCACUCAAAUUUUACAAAAAUGGUAUGACCGUCCAAGAUGGUUCGUUACGUUCUUAUAACGAUCCGGCAACAAGUGCGUUUAUUCGUGAUAUUUUGGAUGGCUAUUUUCCAUCUGAAUUGCAACAAGAAUAUCCUGACGGAGUUCCCUUUAUGAUAGAAGAUCACAGAACAGAAUUAUACGUAGCCGACUCAGCUGGCUUUCCUGGACAAGGGUAUCGAUUGGGCAAGCAAUCACCAGUAGAUAACUCGUUAUCGACGAACGCACGCAAUAAUAUCUCCCAAAGAUCCAAUUAUGUCGACCCUUUAUCGAAAGAUAACGUUUGCGAUUCGCAAAACAUACCACUUUUAUCACUCCCAACAAACCGUUUUUCGAAAUCCAAAGAGUCUUUAGAAGUAUCAUCUGUCAAUUUACCCUCUCUGAGAUCGCAUAUUUUGGCUUCGCACAACAACGUUUGCUCCGAUUCUCACAUUCAGUCACACAUUAACGCUGAAUUAGUACGAAGGAGUCGACGAAGGAAGGGAGAAUUAUCUACGAAGAAGAUUGAAUGUGGUAUAUCGUCGAGAGAACAUUUAUCAAAGUCGAGAGACGUUUCGAGGUCUUUAAGCAAUAGUAGGACAAGAUGCCACAGCUCCACCGACAGAUCAUCGACUAAAUUCUCUUCCAAUAUAUCAAAAUCUAUUGGGAAUCGUCUCCGACCACGUCCGAGAUCUGCUAGUUUAUCUGGACGAAUUGUUAGUAUGCAGUCAUUACAGACAAAAGCAUUGAGCACAGCGGAGAUCAAUAAAACCGGUGAACUGAAUAUCGCCAAACUAAUUGUUGAAUCAUCCAUGACGAAAUGUCCUCGUGUCACGAAAUCGGCUACAUACGCGAGAAGUUCGCCUCCGUUAUUGCAUCAGAUCAACGAGGCGACUAGAAAACCUGGCGAGUUGAGAUUAAAAAUUAGAUCAUUGACCGGUAGCACUGUAUACUUAGUACAUGUUUCCAUUGACGAAUCGGUGACGAAACUAUACGAAUUACUUGAUAAAGCUAUGAAAGCGUCAGGAUAUAAAGGAUAUAAAGUACUAUUGAGCGGAUAUUCGCCUAAGAAGCUGGAACGUGUAGACGCAACCUUAAAAGAAUGCGGAAUUAAUAGGGAUUGCGUUCUCCACCUUGUAAACGAUUAAGUGUUUAUAAUCUCACAAUAUUAGAGACGUGUUAAAUUAAUCAACAUGUCAAAUUAAGACAAGUAUACAUUUGAAAAUUGUGAGUCUGGUCUUAUAAAAAUUGAAAAAUAUGUGUUUUUAUCGGCUCUUUUCAUAAAUACUGAACGCAUUAGAAAACGUACAUCGCGUGUACACAUAUAUAUUUCUUGCAGGAAAUUCAUUUCACUAUUAUGUUACAAAUGUCUAAUUAACUGACUUAUUUUUAUG